UCCUUACAUACACAGGUCUUCUAGGCGUACUGAGGAGCGCGUGCACCAAAUUGAAAGGAAAAGCAGUGUGAUCAGCCUUCACCCUGCUGGCAGCUGGUGCCAGUUCAGGUAUCCUGUGGUGACCGUCACGCCUUCGUGCCGGUGUACUUUGCACUUCCUUGGCUCCUGCGUGCCCCCAGGCUGACUUGAACCACUUGCAGGCAGAGUGAAGUUGGCUGUGCAGCAGCUUGCAGGCAGCACUGCCAUAUAGCAGGAUAUCCAAAACCUCCACCUGCCACCUUGGUGUGGAUAGCAGGAGGUGCCCCAGCAUUUGUACUGAGUUGGGUUGAAUCAGCAGGAUUCCUUGUGCUGCUUCCUGUUCAAGAUGCAGCGCGUUACCUGGGAAUGAUCAUUCAGUUGCCUUGGAGAUGAUCCUUCUGCUGUAAAUGUAGGGCUGGAGAUUAAUGUUGUGGGCAGUAUGGACCUAAUGAACGGACAGUCAAGCAGUGUUAAUAUUGCAGCUACUGCUUCAGAGUGUUUUUGUUUGUUCCUGCAGAAGAGCAGCAGUUCCGAAUCCCUGAGUGACAAAGGUUCAGCUGAACUGAAGAAGAGCUUUGAUGCAGUGGUAUUUGAUGUUCUGAAGGUUACACCAGAAGAAUAUGCAGGUCAGAUAACACUAAUGGAUGUCCCCGUAUUUAAAGCAAUUCAGCCAGAGGAGCUGGCAAGCUGUGGUUGGAAUAAAAAAGAGAAAUACAGUUCUGCUCCAAAUGCAGUUGCUUUCACCAGAAGAUUCAAUCAUGUAAGCUUCUGGGUAGUCAGAGAGAUUCUACAUGCACAGACCUUAAAAAUAAGAGCUGAGGUUUUGAGCCACUAUAUUAAAACUGCAAAGAAACUGUAUGAGCUGAACAAUCUGCACGCUCUUAUGGCAGUUGUGUCAGGCCUACAGAGUGCUCCUAUCUUCAGACUGACUAAAACGUGGGCGUUAUUGAGUCGGAAGGAUAAAGCCACUUUUGAAAAGCUGGAGUAUGUUAUGAGUAAAGAAGAUAAUUACAAAAGGCUUAGAGAUUACAUCAGCAGCUUGAAGAUGACUCCAUGUAUUCCCUAUUUAGCUAAACAUUGUUGAAACUCACUGACUUCGAUCCCUGUCCAAAAAGAUGAACUACAACCCUUGAAGCCAUACACGACCGAUUAAAAUAUAGAGGGAAUGUGCUUUGAAACCAAACUGCUCUUUUCUCUCCUCUGAA